AUGGCCAGCAUGUCGUGCAACCUCUUCGUUGAAAAUUCCGAAGAGGAUUCGUGGGCGGUUCUCGCGAGCUACAUCUCCUCGCUCCUCGAGCAGCAAUGCGAGGGAGCAGGUGCCACAUUCACCGCGGAGAUCGAGCAGCGCCUCGUCUCCGGCAGGCUCCCGGAGCUCGCCACGCACCUUGCCCAGCACACCCUCCUGGCGAGCCACAACGGCGACGCGACCGCCGUGCUCGCCGUCCUGUGCUCCAUCGCCACGAAGGCAGCCCCUGAGGAGGGCCCCGCGAUCGCCGAGGCGCUCCUGAACGUCUUCACGCACCCGUUCACGCCCACGGACCGGCCGGACGUCCGCCUCCAAGGCAUCGCGAAGGUGUUCAAUAUGGUUCCCGACCAUCGGCUGCGGUUCAAGUGCACCAUGGCGCUCUCCGACAUGGCCAAGACGUACCCAAACCUCGCGGACACCGUCCGCGUCAUGGUCGAGGACAAGGCCGACAAGUGGGUCAAGGAGUGGUCCCUCGCGCCCGCGGACGCCGCGACGCUCCACUUCGCCGUCGCCGACCUGUACGAGGCCACCAGCCGCGCCUCCACUGAGCGCCGGCUGCAGGCCGUGUGCCGCGGCCUCGAGGCCUCCGCCGCGGCCACCCCGCCGCGGCAGCCCACGGCGCGCGACGUCGAGCGCAUCGUGUCGGUCGCCAAGGCCUUUCUGUCGGACCCAAGCCACUUCAAGUGCGACUUGCUCGCGAUUCCGGGGGUCGAGGCCGCGGCGCGCGGGAACGCCGUGCUCGACCUGCUCGACGCGGUGCUGCGCGGGGACGUCGCGGCGGUCACGAAGGCGGCGGCCGGGCCCGUGGCGGCGGAGUGCGGGGGCGCUGAGGCGCUGGUGGCGAAGACGCGGCUGAUGGCGCUGCUGGACGUGGCGGAGCGCGCGCGGGGCAAGGCCGUGAAGUACAGCGAGGUCGCGGCCGCGGCGGGGGUGCCGGAGGGGGAGGUGGAGGCGUUUGUUGUUGCGGCGGUGGGCAAGGGGGUCGUGGACGCGAAGCUGGACCAGGUGGCGGGGACGGUGGUGGUGGGGCGGUGGACGAAGCGCGUGUUCGCGCACUCGGACUGGGAGCUCAUCGCGCAGAGCUUGACGGAGUGGGGCAAAAACCUGCGCAACGCGGCGGGGCUCAUUGACGAGGCGAUGGCCGCGCAGCUGCCGCAGCCGCUCGCCAGCGCGCCGGCGCGGCAGUGA